CAGCCAGAAGAAGCGAAUUCCUGGUCCGGCACCAGACCGAAUUUGGGUGGUGAAGGUGGUGGUCUCCGCGCGAGCGUCCAGAAUUAUAAGGCCGUGUGCAGAGAUUUGAAAAAUGGCGGCAAAUGAAAGUGUCAGCAUCUUUAGUUCAGCGUCCUUGGCUGUGGAGUAUGUAGAUUCACUUUUACCUGAGAAUCCUCUGCAAGAACCAAUUAAAAAUGCUUGGAACUUUAUGUUGGACAAUUAUACAAAGUUCCAGAUUGCAACAUGGGGAUCCCUGAUAGUUCAUGAGGCCCUUUAUUUCUUGUUCUGUUUACCUGGGUUUUUGUUUCAAUUUAUACCUUACAUGAAAAAGUACAAAAUUCAAAAGGAUAAACCAGAAACAUGGGAAAACCAAUGGAAAUGCUUUAAAGUACUUCUCUUUAAUCAUUUUUGUAUCCAGCUUCCUUUGAUUUGUGGAACUUACUAUUUUACAGAGUAUUUCAAUAUUCCUUAUGGUUGGGAAAGUAUGCCAAGAUGGUAUAUGCUUUUGGCAAGAUGCUUUGGUUGUGCGGUAAUUGAGGAUACCUGGCACUACUUCCUACAUAGGCUCUUACACCACAAGAAAAUAUAUAAAUAUAUUCAUAAAGUUCAUCAUGAGUUUCAGGCUCCAUUUGGAAUGGAAGCUGAAUAUGCACAUCCCCUGGAAACUCUAAUUCUUGGAACUGGAUUUUUCAUUGGAAUCAUUCUUUUAUGCGAUCAUGUAGUUCUUCUUUGGGCGUGGGUGACCAUUCGUUUGCUAGAAACUAUUGACGUCCACAGUGGUUAUGAUAUUCCUCUGAACCCUUUAAAUCUCAUCCCUUUCUACGCGGGUUCUCGGCAUCAUGAUUUUCACCACAUGAACUUCGUUGGAAACUAUGCUUCAACAUUUACAUGGUGGGAUAGAAUUUUUGGAACAGACUCUCAAUUUAUUGCCUAUACUGAAAGGAAGAAGAAGAUUGAGAAAAAGACCGAAUAAAUAUUUAUAUAACACUUCCUGAUUUAAAGCUAGCAGCUAACAUUUCUUCUGAGGAGCAGAAAUUAAGCAUACGUCUUGUCUGCUGAGUGAUAAAAAUUAACGACCUUUAUCUUCCUAGUGGGAACUUUUCCUACUUUCUAUUCAAGUUCUGUCUGUGUAGAAAUAAGUGAGGAAGUCUCAAACACCAUGUUGCUAACUUUACAAAAAGGUUUUAAGUAUUAGAAGGUCUAUGUCUUUUCCCGCCAGUAACACCAUAGGCCUGAAAUUGAUGUUGGUCUUUAAAUCUUUUGAAUAUACAGUGACCAUAUCAAAAACUCUUUAAUAGUGGAUGUUGGGCUCGUAUUGAACUUUAAACAGUUUUUAGAGUUUGCCUAAACAUCAAAAUAUCAUGAGGUGAAUGACAUCGACUGAUACAGUGUGGAUGAGGCUGCAAACUCAGGACCAGCCAGCACCAUGAACUUCCACUCUGGUCUGGAGCUGACCUGUUCGGGGUGAUUUUUCUGUUUUUGAGAAGUCCCUUUGCGUUCCAAUGUACUAUUGGCAUCUAGGUAUUUCUGAAUUGAUAGAAAUGGAAUAUUUUAGUCUAAUAAAAGUUUUCAUGUUUCUUGAAUUUUUUAAAAAAUGAAGCUUUAUUUCUGCCAUUUACCCUCUAAUUUGUGAAAAUCAGGUCUUUAUUAUACUUAAAGUUGUAUCUCGAAACUUUGUGAACUGAUUUGUAUUUGCACUUUGAGCUAUUAAAAUAAACGUGGUUUAUUUUGUCUGAUUACCUGGUUUCCAGUUUUCAACAUCAGCUGUCACUUUUUAUUUUAUUCUUGUAAGGAAAAGUAGAGAUAUUGUUAAAUUAUUAAGUUUUG